UCAGGCCAUUCGAGCCCAGUUGCCGUUAAGACGCGCUUGGGACCAGUUGUGGUCAAUUGUCAAUGGUGGGGCCGCACUCGUAGAGGAAGAAACCGAAUUGAAACGAAAAUACUUUUGUUGUCGCUGCCUGUGGAAAUGCUGACUGCCGAUCAUGUCUUGGCCAAAAAAAAGUGCUAGUCUCUGGCUGCCGUUGCUACUGGGCCUGCUCUACACACAACAUGCAUCCACUUUCAUUGUGCCACGGGAACUGCCGUCCCUACUCUCCAUAGUUUACUCAAACAUACCACCGAUUAAAAAGGGAACCGAUUCGCGAUUGGGCUUUGGCUUUCGGUUGGGCGAGCAUGCCGAUUUCCAGGUGAUGGUCGAACUGGGUCCCCAGAAGGAGACCCGACCCAUCGGGGAGCAGAGCCAGGACGACCAAUCAUUCAACAAGCGCCAAGUGAGCGCCAGCGAUCAGAAAGCCCUGCUGCGCCAGCAGUUCCGCCAGCAGGUGAAAAUGGAGGCCGAGAGAUUGAUGACCUCGACGGAACGGAAUGCAGCCAGCUGGCUGGAAACAUGGUCGAAUGGCAUGAAACCGCAAAAGCCCAGCCCUAAGGAGCGGAUGAAGAUACAGCAAAAAGAAAGUUCAGUGCCCCAAAAUCCCUCGGGCGCCCUGCAACAAUUGCAAUUGCUGUACAAAAUGGCCACCAGUUCUACCACGGAGCCACCAGUCUCCACGGUGGGUGGUCUCAAGCUCGGAGGUCCUAGUGGGUUUAAGCUGCCCCCUCCGGCCCUCAGCCAGGACACGAAUUCCUUGGGCAGUCCAGAACCUGUCAAGAGCAAAAGCGAAAUUACCAAGGAGCUGAUGGAUGUCAGUAUGGAAACCGAAGUAUAGAUCGUCUAUAUAUCUAGUUACUAAUAGCUAGUGGUAUAUGUUUGUACCUUUUGUAAAUACAUAGGUGCUUAGAAAAUCUGUAUGUAAUAUGACUUAGCUUUGAUUUUGUAAAUAAACUUCAACCUAAACUAA